AUGUACCCACACAACGUCGUGACUGUACCGUCGCUCCACUUUGCCUCGCCUCUUGACCGUCCAACCUCUCUCUGCCACCCCCCUUCACCUCUUACUCUACUCCCCUUCACCUCUUACUCCCCUUCACCUCUUACUCCCCUUCACCUCUUACUCUUACUCCCCUUCACCUCUUACUCCCCACCUCUUACUCUCCCUUCACCUCUUACUCCCCUUCACCUCUUACUCCCCUUCACCUCUUACUCCCCUUCACCUUUACUCCCUUCACUCUUACUCCCCUUCACCUCUUACUCCCCUUCACCUCUUACUCCCUUCACCUCUUACUCCCCUUCACCUCUUACUCUCCCCUUCUCCUCUUACUCCCCUUCACCUCUUACUCCCCUUCACCUCUCACUCCCCUUCACCUCUCACUCCCCUUCACCUCUUACUCUCCCCUUCACCUCUUACUCCCCUUCACCUCUUACUCCCCUUCACCUCUUACUCCCCUUCACCUCUUACUCCCCUUCACCUCUUACUCCCCUCACCUCUUACUCCCCUUCACCUCUUACUCCCCUUCACCUCUUACUCCCCUUCACCUCUUACUCCCCUUCACCUCUUACUCCCCUUCACCUCUUACUCCCCUUCACUCUUACUCCCUUCACCUCUACUCCCUUCACCUCUUACUCCCCUUCACCUCUACUCCCCCUUCACCUCUUACUCCCCUUCCCUCUUACUCCCCUUCUCCUCUUACUCCCCUUCACUCUUACUCCUUCCCUCUCUCCCCUUCACCUCUUACUCCCUUCACCUCUACUCCUACUCUCCCCUUCACCUCUUACUCCCCUUCACCUCUUACUCCCCUUCACCUCUACUCCCCUUCACCUCUUACUCCCCCCUUCACUCCCUUCACCUCUUACUCCCUUCACCUUUACUCCCUUCACCUCUUACUCCCUUCACCUCUUACUCCCCUCACCUUUACUCCCCUUCACCUCUUACUCCCCUUCACCUCUUACUCCCUUCACCUCUUACUCCCCUCACCUCUUACUCCCCUUCACCUCUUACUUCUCCUUCACCUCUUACUCCCUUCACCUCUUACUCCCCUUCACCUCUUACUCCCCUUCACCUCUUACUCCCCUUCACCCUUACUCUCCCCACCUCUUACUCCCCUUCACCUCUUACUUUCACCUCUUACUCCCCUUCACCUCUUACUCCCCUUCACCCCUCUCCCCUUCACCUCUUACUCCCCUUCACCUCUUACUCCCCUUCCCUCUCACUCCCCUUCACCUCUCACUCCCCCCCUCACCUCUUACUCCCCUUCACCUCUUACUCUCCCCUUCACCUCUUACUCCCCUUCACCUCUUACUCCCCUUCACCUCUACUCUCCCCCCUUCACCCUUACUCCCCUUCACCUCUUACUCUCCCCUUCACCUCUACUCCCCUUCACCUCUUACUCUCUCCCCUCACCUCUACUCCCUUCACCUCUUACUCCCCUUCACCUCUUACUCCCUUCACCUCUUACUCCCUUCACCUCUUACUCCCUUCACCUCUUACUCCCCUUCACCUCUUACUCCCCUCACCUCUACUCCCCUUCACCUCUUACUCCCCUUCACCUCUUACUCCCUUCACCUCUUACUCCCCUUCACCUCUUACUCCCCUUCACCUCUUACUCCCCUUCACUCUUACUCCCCUUCACCUCUUACUCCCCUUCACCUCUUACUCCCCUUCACCUCUUACUCUUCACUCCCCUUCACCUCUUACUCCCCUUCACCUCUUACUCCCCCUUCACCUCUUACUCCCCUUCACCUCUUACUCCCUUCACUUUACUCCCCUCACCUCUUACUCCCCUUCACCUCUUACUCCCCUUCACCUCUUACUCCCCUUCCCUCUUACUCCCCUUCACCUCUUACUCUCCCCUCACCUCUUACUCCCUUCACCUCUUACUCCCUUCACCUCUUACUCUCCCCUUCACCUCUUACUUACUCCCCUUCACCUCUUACUCCCCUUCACCUCUUACUCCCCUUCACCUCUUACUCCCCUUCACCUCUUACUCCCUUCACCUCUUACGCCCCUUCACCUCUUACUUACUCCCCUUCACCUCUUACCCCCUUCACCUCUUACUCCCCUUCACCUCUUACUCCCCUUCACCUCUUACUCCCCUUCACCUCUUACUCCCUUCACCUCUUACUCCCCCUUCACCUCUACCUCCCCUUCACCUCUUACUCCCCUUCACCUCUUACUCCCCUUCACCUCUUACUUUACUUACUCCCCUUCACCUCUUACUCCCCUUCACCUCUUACUCUCCCCUUCACCUCUUACUCCCCUUCACCUCUUACUCCCCUUCACCUCUUACUCCCCUUCACCUCUUACUCCCCUUCACCUCUUACUCCCUUCACCUCUUACUCCCCUCACCUCUUACUCCCCUUCACUCUUACUCCCCUUCACCUCUUACUCCCCUUCACCUCUUACUCCCUUCACCUCUUACUCCCUUCACCUCUUACUCCCCUUCACCUCUUACUUCCCCUUCACCUCUUACUCCCCUUCACCUCUUACUCCCUUCACCUCUUACUCCCCUUCACCUCUUACUCCCCUUCACCUCUUACUCCCCCUUCACCUCUUACUCCCUUCCCCUUACUCCCCUUCACCUCUUACUCCCCUUCACCUCUUACCCCCUUCACCUCUACUCCCCUUCACUCUUACUCCCCUUCACCUCUUACUCCCCUUCACCUCUUACUCCCCUUCACCUCUUACUCCCCUUCACCUCUUACUCCCCUUCACCUCUUACUCCCCUUCACCUCUUACUCCCCUUCACCUCUUACUCCCCUUCACCUCUUACUCCCCUUCACCUCUUACUCCCCUUCACCUCUUACUCCCCUUCACCUCUUACUCCCCUUCACCUCUUACUCCCCUUCACCUCUUACUCCCCUUCACCUCUUACUCCCCUUCACCUCUUACUCCCCUUCACCUCUUACUCCCCUUUGUUGA